AUGCCAAAAGGAUACGCACUCACGCUUGCGCAGCGUGGAUCUAUCGUGGCCUUUUGCAAGGCCAAACUCACCAUUCGCCGCAUUGCCGACGAGCUUGAACAAUCCAGCUCAAGCGGGAUUAAACAUGACCUACAUCUUACGUUUUCGACUCGUACGGUUCGUCGAAUCUUGUUUAAAGCUCCGCACAACAAGUACACGAAGCGCAAAGCAAAUCCUCGAAUCACAUUAGUGCACAAGAAGGCUCGUGUGGAGAAGUUCAAUCUGGAUGGCCCUGAUGACCUCCAGUACUACUGGCAUGAUGUCCGUAAGGACGAGCAGAAGUUUUUGAGCCGUCAAAAUGGUGGGGACGGCGUGAUGAUCUGGGACAGAUUUUCAAGUCAAGGUCGGACGGCAGUUGCUGUCCUCCAAGGCCGCCAAGACUCAUAUGCCUACUGCGACACGGUGGCGAAUUAUGUCCUGCCCUUUGUCCAUGCUCAUCACCCUGAUGGCCUCGGCAAGACUGCCCGAACCGUCGACUCCGCCAAGACCGUGCUAGUCGCCUAUUUCCAAGCACUCAAAGUCGACCCAAACCCUGCCCGGGACGUUGAGUCCAAGCAAUACGUUGUUGUGUACGAGCUGUCGUUGCUCGUAAACUCACUGGCCUCGUCCCACAUGUUUGUCGGGGCACUGUAUCGGUUCCUUCUCUGCGCGAGCUACAUUGGCUGUUUUCGCAUCAGCGAAAUGCUAAACCUGACGUGGGACGGCGUCGCCGUCCAACACGAUGGCGACAGCCAGUAUGUAUCGCUCCGACUUCGUUAG